UGAAACUUCUUUCGUGUCGCCAAACUGUCCAGAGAGAAAAUGAACAGCCAUCAAUUCUAUCUCGCAAUUCUAUGCCUUGUCGCAGCAUCGCUGAUUAAUGGAGAUUCACUUCCAAAACAAUUAUUUAAAGGCGACAUCACUUACUACUAUGAAUGGCGUGGUAAUUACGGAUCAUGUGCCUUAAAUAAAUCUUUAAGUGAUCCGUAUCAAGUCGCUGCACUGUCGAGACACUGGAUGAAGUUGCCAAAGAACAUAACAAAUCCAAAUAAUCAUCCACUCUGUGAAGAACAACAUUGUGUUAAAAUUAAUGGCAAGAGAAGUUCUGUUGUGUUAAAGGUAAGUGAUACAUGUUAUGGAUGUAGACCAUACGAUGUUGAUAUUGCUGAUAAAAUAUAUCCGCUGCUUGAUGAUCCCCGUAAAGGACGCAUUAAGAUGACAUGGAGAUUUAUUGACUGUAAGUUCUUAGAGAAUUGAUUGUGGAUGUUUGCUGGAAUAAUUUUGAACUUAGUAAGCUUGGAUUUUGUGGAUUAAGAAGCUGCUUUGAAGUAACAAUUAAUUUUGAAUAAAGAUGCAAAAAUUUUCAAAUAUAAAAAAGCAGUUAAAAAC